UGAACUUUGUUCCAUCGUGCGAUUGUGAACUUUUAGCUAAAUCUGCUCGGCUCUGCGUGCAACUAGUACAAAAUGUGAAAUAAUUGUAUAACUUCGUAGUGAUAUUCAGCUUAUACACUCUAUUUGUUUUCCAUUCCUUCCUAAACGCGCAAUUCCAGUAACUAAAAGUGAUAUGUGUUGCUAAAGCUUACUCUGUGGCUUAGCAGUUCGUGAACUUCCUCGAUUUGAUUAUCGCGGAACACGGAAAGAUUUCUUAUCUGCUUUACUGUAUUCCAUCCCUGGUGAGCUGUAUUGAACAAACGCAACAUGGGUCUCGUCGGGUUGCUGCUGAUGGUUUUAGACCCAUUUAAAAUUAUAAGAAGUUAUAUUUUCAAACCGAUCGCAACGUUUGGUUUGGCAGCAGCGGAAGAAUACAAGGCGCGCAAAGAAAAAAGCUUAAACACCACGAAAAAUGUGUUUCUCAAGCUGUUUGUUGUUGUUUUGGUUGGAUUUUCUGUAGUGUGGGCCUCGAUAUUUCUGUACCUGUACUUCUACUACUCGUACAUGCCUUCCGUUUUACACACGAAGGAUGUACAUCUGAAUAUACGCGACUGCCCAAGUGAUGCCAUCGACUGCAAAGCUUAUCCGACAGCGAACGUCGCCCUGACUAAUCAUCAUCGAUUUCUAAUGGUGGGACAGCCGUAUAAGAUUAUUCUUAACCUGGAAAUGCCGGAAUCUGAACACAAUGGUAAAAUAGGAAUGUUUACCGUUUGUGGUACGGUAAAGGACUAUGGGCACAUGGAAAUAGCCACAUCCUGCCGCAUGUCGAUGCUACACUACAAAUCGGAUCUGUUGAAAACGAUUCUUACAUUCGUAUUUGCACCACUGUUGAUAUUCGGCUAUCGGGAAGAAAAGCAGCUAGUCACGGUGGAGUUAUUCUCAAAUUUUCUCGACGAUUCGAACCAUCCGGCAACAAACAUGGAUAUCACUAUACACUGCCGAGACAUUCAAUUGUACUCAGCACAGCUACAGGUGGUAGCUAACUUCACCGGAUUACGUUAUCUAAUGUUCAACUGGCCUGUGCUAUCAGCAGUUAUUGGCAUAACAUCAAAUCUGUUUUUCAUUCUAAUUGUUUGCAUAUUGAGUUGGUACCAUUGGGACGAUACAGAAUGGAUAUCCGACAUACGAGAUAGGUAUCAACAAAUUGUCAAAGGAGCUUCAAAAGUGGCUCCAAUCGAACAAACGUUAGCGCUUAAUCCGUUCAAAGAAACUGAAACUGCAUCAAAAGAUUGGUUAAUAGACGAGGAAUAGUAGUUUGGGUGUACUUUAUUUUGUAAUAAAGUGUUACAUUUUUACAUGUUCUGUUCAUGUGGUCUGUUUGUCGAUU